AUGUUAUAUAGUUUUUCUGAUUUUUAUCGUGUGUUAACAACUAAUAACAUUUUAAUGAAGACGAAAGUACCUAAUUUCUAUCUUCCAGUAUUUAAACGGUGUAAAUCAGAUAAAGUGACUGUUACCAUUGGUGAUGUUUCAAAACAAGUAAAACCACCACAAAAACCUGAAUAUGUACCAAGAAAGUAUUCAUUAAAUAUAUCAACUCAAGAAAUAGAUAGAACUACCUCAAAACAUUUAAAAUGGAUGCUUCAGAAGGAUAUUUUAUCACAAGACAUCUUUUUACUUGGUGGGCCAGGCCCUAGACGCAGAAAAUUAGCUCUAACUUUUCUUGAAUUAACAGAACGUGAAGUAGAAUUUAUUGCACUAUCAAGGGAUACAACAGAAGCAGAUUUGAAACAACGAAGAGAAAUACAAAGUCGUACUGCCUAUUAUCACGAUCAAAGUGCUGUGAGAGCUGCAAUAAAUGGGAGAGUCCUCAUCAUUGAAGGUGUUGAAAAAGCUGAAAGAAAUGUACUGCCUGUUUUGAAUAAUUUGUUGGAAAAUCGUGAAAUGCAUUUAGAAGAUGGAAGAUUUCUUAUUCCUGCAACACGUUAUGAUAAAUUACUUGAGACGUUCAGUCAAGAAAAAUUGGAUGCUUGGAAGCUUGUUAGAGUUAGUGAAGAUUUCAGAGUUAUUGCAUUGGGUAUGCCAGCACCAAGGUACCCUGGUCAUCCACUUGAUCCUCCUCUUAGGUCUAGAUUUCAAGCUAGACAUAUUGCACCUCUAAGUUUUGAAGAACAGCUGAAUGCAUUAAGAAAUUUCAUCCCGCACAUUGACACUGCGAAAUUAACUCAACUAUUAUCAUGCUCGCACGCUUUUGUUACGAAAGAGGCAGUGUCCUUAGGUCUUCCGGAUUUUCCCCUAGAUAAUUUGUUUCUGGCUGCUCUUAUAUUGGAUAAAUGCCCCUACUUGCCGGUGUUCGAGGUAUUUUACAGCUGCUAUCCAUAUAAAUUGUUUUUGGCGCAUCAGGCACAAAGUGUCGUCGAAGAAAUGCUUAACACCUUCAAUAUCGCGGAAACAGAGAUAAACGAUGUUAAGAUUUUAAAACAUAUAAAUGUGAGUAGGACAGAUGGAACGCAAAAUUCGAUGAAUGUUAAUAUAGAGCAUCCUUAUGGAGAAUCAACAUUGAAUGUUUCUUGUGGUACCAAAAAGGUAAAGGAAAAUGCAAUAAAAAAUAAAUACAUAGAGACAAAGUAUCAAAAUAAUUUAUUGGCAAGUAUGUUGGAAUCGCAUAUUGUUUCUGACUUCUGUUUGAUCGGUCCAAAAGGGUGUGGGAAAUCUAUCAUUGUACAAACGUUAGCUGAUUUAUUGGGAUACGAAGUAGAGACUGUAGUACUGUAUCAGGAUAUGACAUCCAGGGAUUUGAUACAGCAACGAUCGACGUUGUCCAAUGGGGAUACGGUUUGGAAAAAUUCACCACUCGUUGACGCAGCAUUACAAGGAAAAUUGGCUAUAUUGGAUGGAAUUAAUAGAAUCGAUCCUAGUACUUUGGCUAUAUUGCACAGAUUAGUUCACGAUCGAGAGUUACAGUUGCACGAUGGCAAAAGAUUGUUGAGGCCGGAUCGUUAUGACGAGAUAAAAGAGAGAUAUAAUAAAUCCGACGCAGAACUGGAGGCAUCGGGUGUACUACGUAUUCAUCCGUCCUUUAGAGUCAUAGCUUUAGCGGAAUCAUCCGCCAUUAAUACAACAUCGAAACAAUGGUUGACCUCAGAAUUACUUAGUUUGUUCCUUUUCCAUGAAAUGAGACCGCUUACUAAAUCGGAAGAAUUCCAUAUUAUUCAAUCGAAGUACGGAGAACCUUCCAGAUCGUUAUUAAACAUUCUAGAGUUGGCUCACGUAUUGCGAUCCUCUAGCGAUCCAACUUUACAGUCCUUGGCUAGUUCUCUUAGUACGAGACAACUUUUGAGGAUAGCGGAAAGGAUGAAGAAAUUUCAAACGGAAGAUAGUUACAACGCAGUGCAACGUGCUUGCUUGUCCCGUUUCUUGCCAGCAAUAACGAAACAAGCGUUAAUAGACUGCUGUAAACGUGUAAAUAUUGUUCCAACAAAUAGUACAGUGGACAAGGACAUUAAAUGUGAAAUUAUUGGAAAUACCGUCCAAAUUGGUGAUACGGUUGUAGAACGAUAUAACACUACAGCUUUAACGAAAGUACCUGAUGUUUUGUUUUAUGACGUGCCGCAACAUGUUGCGCUAUUAGAGAAUUUAGUACAAGACUUUAGUUUAGGACAAAAUCUGUUAUUGGUUGGAAACCAAGGAGUUGGCAAAAAUAAAAUUGUCGAUCGACUGUUGCAACUUCUAAAUAGGCCACGUGAAUACAUACAGUUACACAGAGACACCACUGUUCAAACUUUGACCCUCCAACCGAUGGUUAGGGAUGGGAAAGUGGUGUACGAAGACUCGCCGCUCGUGCAAGCUGUUAAAUUGGGACACGUGCUUGUCGUUGAUGAGGCGGACAAAGCACCAACCCAUGUUACUUGUAUUUUAAAGACUUUAGUCGAAUCUGGCGAAAUGAUAUUAUCAGAUGGCAGACGUAUAGUGUCUUCUUUAAGUUCUGACGUAGAAAAUUCGAAUAAAAUACUGCUUCAUCCAGAUUUUAAGAUGAUAGUAUUAGCAAAUAGACCCGGUUUUCCAUUUUUGGGGAAUGAUUUCUUUGGAGCACUGGGUGAUCUAUUUAGUACACAUACGGUCGAUAAUCCAAGUAUUGAAAAUGAAAUUCAACUUUUAAGACAAUAUGGUCCUAAUGUAGACCAAAAAAUAAUACUUAAGCUAGUGAAAGCUUUUGGCAAAUUACGAAAUAUGGCUGAUCAAGGAUUAGUUUCAUAUCCAUAUUCAACUCGAGAAGUUGUUAACAUAGUAAAACAUUUAGAAAAAUUCCCUCAAGAGCCGUUAGGUAAUGUGGUACGAAAUGUAUUCGAUUUUGAUCAAUAUAGCGAAGAAGUCUUUAAUACCUUAGUAUCUGUGUUACAUGAACAUGGGAUUCCCAUUGGAACAAGUUCUACUAGCGUCUCCUUAGNNNGCAGAGUGUCUUUACCGGAAAACAAAAUUUAUACUACUUGGAAUUUUUCGAAUGAACAAAAUGUAUUAAGCGUACAGAAAAAAGAUAUUAAGUUAAAAGCACCGAUAAGAUUAACGCAAAAGAUUUUACCUUUAGACCGCGUUGAAGCUAGAUCUGCUGUAUUUACUGAAUUACAAAGCUAUUGGACCUUACCAAUUAAUGACGUUAGCAUCAUUGCAGGUCUGUCCGUUAAUAAAGGUAUAAAAAGUGAUGGAACGGAUGAUGUAAUUAAUAUUCUGACUACGAAACCAUUAAAAAUAUUUAGUAUACAUCAAGAAUCAGACACUGUUCAAGAAACUUUAUUACAUAAUUUAAUAAAUUCUGAUAGUACAUUUCAGUUUACGAUGACAACUGAUAACGAUCAAAACGUUUUAGUGCAUGAAGAAACAAGUAACAUCUUAUUAUCAGUAAAUUUAAAUGAAGGAUCUGCUCAGAAAAUAAUAUUAUUACCUUUUCUUGGUAAAAUUUCAAAUGCUUUUAGAGAUGUGCGUCUUCGUCGAAAGAUGAAAUCUGAUUUGAUAAAGUCCCAUAAUCAAGUCAUUUUUUACACUUAUGAUUACAAUAAAAUAGAAGUGGUCGACUUACAUCUCAUGUGUGUUUACACAAUUAAUGUACCAUUUGAAAUAAACUCAAUUUUAAUUCCAUCAGAAAAGAAAUGGGUGAUUGAAGAUACAGAAGGAAAUAAGUAUAUUCUUAAAUCUGCUGAUUCGUCACCAUGUCCAAAUAUUUUAUUUAAGGUGAAAGAAUCUAGUAAAGAUGAUUUCAAAAUUAAUUCAUUUCUCAGUUGCACUAAUAGCAGCUUGAAUAGUAAUGUACUUAGUGCAGCACUGAAACAGAAAAUAGAUUCUCCAAACAGGCUUCUAUCGACUGAUAAUACCUAUGCCAGUAUUGCUGUUGGCUUUCCUGAUUUAGACAGUUAUAAUGAACUUUAUUCUUGGCCAAGACCGAAACGCAAUAGAAGUUCUAUACCUCCCAUUUGUAUGGAGAAUGGACAAAUCAUUAGGACAGUCAUGCCUGAUGAAGUACCUGAUGAUGUCUUUCCAAAUACUGAAAGCAAAUUGGGAGUUGUUGGUUAUUUAGAAGUAGUUGAUGUUGUAAAUCAUAAGUUACGUUAUAUAUCUGUACCAGAACCAGUCAAUGUAUCGCAUAUAUCAAAAUUGUUCCUUCCAAACGAGUAUCCAUUAUACAUUUCACUUAAAUCAAAUCAAGAUCUUGUAACAGUAGAUCCAAGUGGUUGCGUUCGCCUCUGGACAACAUCACUAGCGGAUAUUGAAAAAUCGCUUGCAGAUUGGCAAAGAAUGGUUGAAAGUGACAAUGAAAAUUUGCAAAUUACAAAAGAAAGAUAUUCCGGAUUGGACGUUAGUGGUCCAAAACAUGGUAAAGUUGACCAGAAGAAUGAACCACAUGUUGGCGGUAAUACAUGGGCAGGAGGAACCGGAGGGAGAGACACAGCUGGUCUUGGUGGGAAAGGUGGACCUUAUCGUUUAGAUGCUGGUCAUACGGUACACCAACUUAGUGACGAAGAAAAAAACGCAGUACCAGAACAUGUAAAAAAGGCAGCGAGGGAAAUGGGUCUUAAGGCGUUUCAGCAGCGUUUAAAAGACAUUGAUAUGAGUGAAUAUGAUCAUCAAUUUUACUCUAAGUUCAGCAGUCCUGUUCAGAACCAAGUUGCAGCCUUAAGAACUAUAAUAGAAAGUCUGCAGGCUAAAAGUAAAGAACGUCAAUGGUGUAGGCACCAAACUUCCGGUGAAUUGGACGAUACUAAAUUAAUCGAAGGAUUAACAGGGGAAAGAACAAUCUAUCGUAGAAGAGCGGAGAAAGAACCUGAGCUUGGUACUCCACUAACAAAACCGAAGCGUUUAAAACUAGUGGUAGAUGUUUCUGGUAGUAUGUAUAGACUCAACGGGUACGAUGGACGCCUUAUACGAGAAAUGGAAGCUUGUGUCAUGGUAAUGGAGGCGUACAGUGGAUAUGAAGGAAAAGUUCAAUACGAUAUCGUUGGUCACUCUGGCGAAAGCUAUGAUAUUGUUUACGUAAAUCACACUCAGCCACCGACAGAUAAUAAGCAAAGAGUGAAAGUAAUAAAGAGGAUGCUUGCACAUUCACAAUUUUGCAUGUCUGGCGACAAUACCUUGGAAGCGACUGAAUUUGCGAUCAGGACUCUAGCAAAAGAAGAUGCCGAUGAACGUAUCGUUGUUAUACUUUCCGACGCUAAUUUUAGACGUUAUAAUAUUCAUCCAGAGUUAUUUGCAAAAAUUCUUAUGUCAAAUCCGGAUGUUAAUGCGUACGCUAUAUUUAUUGGAUCCCUUGAAAAUGAAGCUUUUCAAAUAAGAGAGAAGAUAACUGCAGGACGAGCGUUCGUUUGUAUGGACCUCAAGGAAAUACCUCGAAUUUUGCAACAAAUAUUUACUGCUUCUUUAUUAAAUACUGCACAAUGA